AUGGUCAGCACACAGUAUGAAGGCAUCGAGCACCUGUCAUGUUUGAAUCCGCUGAUAUCAGCCGAAGAAAGACAGCAGAUCGAAAACCUCAUCCAAAUGGAACUCAGUCGCCACCAACAACACACCCCUCUGGACCAUGAUCGCACACCUCAAGCCCCGGGGCAGGUGGGUCUCGACAUCCCGCCUUUGUCGUCACUGCUAAUCACCAGUCUGGUGGAGCAGCUUGAGGACGCUGGCGAAGAUAUUGAUGACGAAGAGUUUUCUCUUGGUGCCAUCGAUAUGGGUGCCUAUGAUAAUCCCGAUUAUGUUGGGUUGUCUCAUGCCAUGGUUGAUGAUGAAAAUAUCAGUGGUCGCCACGAGAACCUUGAAGGUUUGCGGUAUGGUUGCGAGCUGUACUUGAAUGAACUCAUGCAUCUUGACGCUCAGCUCGACACUGCUAUCGGUGCAAAGCGGAAGCAGGUGUCUGAGCUGGAACUGCUACGUAAAAAGCGGGCUACCGAACUCCAACGAGCAAAGCAUUACCUCGACGAUCGCUGGCGUGACGGUGUCCACUCAGUGGUCGAAGUUGCAGUCACAAGUAAGAAUAGUUCUAGCUGGUCUGGAAGCGUUCCAUAG